CGAGCCGGGGGAGCGCCUGCUCGUGUGGCCUGAGGGGCGGGCCGGGCGGAAACCCGCGCGGGGGUGGGGUCCGGGCUGCCCCGGCGCGGAGGCGGGGCGGCGGGCAAGAGCCAGGCUUCACGGAGGAGGCGAAGUUUAGGCACGGUCUGGGGAUGCACCGAACCUGUGCUUUUUCUCAGAUGAGAGAGAGUACCUUUCACUCAUUAGGGGUAGGUUCAGUGAAAGGAUGAAGUCGCGAAGGCUGUGCAGCGAGGGGACGUUGGUGCACAUCCCGGCGCUGAACAAUCCCAGGGCCCAUUCAUUCGCUCGGUGGGCGCCCAGUACACACUGCCUUGGUGAUGAUUAAGAUUUACUGGGUUUUGUUUGUGGUUUGCGAACACUAUGCGAAGCACUUUAUACAUUUUUCUCACUUAACUCAAAAUAGUCACUUAAGGUAAGUGGUGAUGUUCUCAUUUUAUGGUCUGUGGAGAAACACGUCACUUACUCGAGACCCUUCGUUAGGAGGUGGUGUAUCUGAGAUUGGAACUCAGUCUGGUGGAGCCCAGGGCCUAUGCUUCUAACAGGAGUGUUACGUGCCUCCCACAUGAGGCUGAAAGGGGAGGCAGAGUGCAUUUGGAAGGACCACUUGUGCACAGCACACAAAGGGCGUGAGCACCAGGGACCUGUCAAAGGCAAGCCCUGGCUGAGGACCGAGAGGCUGCCUCUGGCCUGGAUGGCCUGAGGAGGAGAUUCUGGGAUGGCCCAAGAGAAAUGAACUGGGCAUUAAUAAGCUUGGGUUCAGCUGUCAGUUAGAGCCCAACAGAGGCUUAAGUGACGAAGGUGGGGCAGGCAGGGUUUGUUCUGGGUUGUGUCUCUGAGGUUCCCUGGGUUUUACCCUCAUGGUCACACUAGACAGAAGUGUUUCUCCCUGUUUCUUUUUUAUCAUCAGGGAGGAAAAGCCUUUUCUAGAAGCCUUUUUGAAAACUUUCCUUAACAUCUUGUUGACCAGAAGAUGGGCCUAGGGCCAAAGUAGCUGGGGCCAAGGAAAGUGGGCACAUUUCUACCUGAAUUAAGGGGUCUGUUUGCAUGGAGCAGGCUGUGGGGGCAGAGGCUGACUGUGUGUCAGAGGCCAGUUGGAAAGGUUUUCAUGGGAGUGACACCCCGUGUCACCUGUCACCCUAAAUUAUCACCAGAUCUGUGGUUCUAAAUGUCAUGUGUAUGCUGACAGUUACCAGUGUAUACCCAGCCAGCUUCAGCCUCUCUCCUGAAAUUUGGACUUGUGGAUCGAAAUGCCCUCAUUCUCCACUUGUACAUCUUGUACAUCUUGAACAUAACAUGUACAAGACAACUUUUAAUUUUUAUCCUUCAGAUAUACUUCUACGGUCUUCCUGGGUAAUUGGAGAUUUCCUCAUCUCAGGUGUUUGGGCCAAACAUCUUGGUGUUUCAUCCCACACCUAAUUUGUCAGCAAAUCCUGUUGACUGUACCUUUGAAAGGUAUCUGCAAUCUGACUGCUUAUCACCUGCUACCACCAUCUGGUCCAAGACACUAUCGUCUCUAGCUGUGUUAUUGCUGGGACCUUCCGCUCUGCCUGCCUCCUCGGGACAAGCUUGGAGACCCAGUGAUGGCCCACAGGCAGCUUUUUCCUGGGCCCCAGGUGAGUGGUCUUCGUGAAGACGCCUCAGUGUGGCCUCAGCCCUUUCCUGGCUGGAGUCUCCACGGUUCCCUCUGAGGCACUGGUCUCAGGGUAGUUGGCUCCCUGUCUUCAUUGAUGUCCUCAACCCUUGGGUUCAAGUCCCUGAAAUGCACUCUGGACUGUAUCAUCUCACCCCUGGACUGGACACAGAGGAAGGCAAGGAAUGGGCAGGUCUUGGUUUCCUUCAAGGAAGUGGCCGUGCUCCUUUCCCAAGAGGAGUGGGGCCAUCUGGGCCCUGCUCAGAAGAGGCUCUACAGGGAUGUGAUGCUGGAAACCUAUGGGAACCUGGUCUCGCUGGGACUUCAAGGUUCCAAACCUGAUGUCAUCUCCAAGCUGGAGCAGGGGGAAGAGCCAUGGACCCCACACUCACCAAGAAUUGAGGGGAGCUGGAUUCGGAGACGCAGGCGUGCAGGUUAUGUCUCUAGGAAGGAAAAAAAAGAAUUGACUCCAAAGCAGGAAAUUUCUGAAGAAAUGGAAUCCCAGAGAACAAAAUUAGAAGAGCUUGUAAGGAAUAUUUCCAAGGAAUCUGAUUUUGAAGAAAUGACUAAAACUGAGGGAAAGCUAAAUAAUUGCUGGGGGAAAUAUGCAGUGGAGGGACUUAAGAAGGAUUUCCCCCAGAAGAGUAAUUUCAGGCCAGUGACAGUGACACAUGUGAAAAUCCCCUUGGGGGAAAGAGGUCCGAAAUUCAGUGCAGCUGAGGUAAACUGCGCUGCAGACGCAAGUUCUGUCAGAAACUGCAGACUGUCUUCAGGGAAAAGUCUCCACCAGUGUGUGUCAUGUGUAGAAAACUUCCAAACGAGUAAGGACCUCACUAACCUCCAAAGUUUCUGUGUAGGAGAACAAGCCUGUCAGGCAGAUGUGUUUGUGAAAGUGCCUGGGCAGAGUUCAGUUUUCAGUGAGAACCAGAGGAUUAACAGUCCAGAAAAAGCCUUUGAAAAGUGUGCUGUGUGUGGAAUAGCUUUUGGUCAGAGCAGAGCUCUCAUUCAGCACCCAGGAAUUCACAGUGGAGAGAAGCCCUGCGGGUGUGAGGAAGGUGGCAGAGCUUCCCAUGCCCGUCCCUAUGCCAUGCAGCACUGUAACACUUACACUGGAGAAAGACCCUGUGAGGCUAAGGAAUGUGAGAAAGCUCUUAGCACAUGUCCGUCUUACAUUCAGCAUUGUCAAGUUCACACUGGGGUGAAGCCCCAUGAGUGCAGUCAGUGUGGAAAAGCCUUUAGUCAUAGCUCUAACCUGAUCCAUCAUCAGAGAGUGCAUAGUGCAGAGAAGCCAUACAUGUGUGUGGAGUGUGGGAAAGCCUUCCGGAGACAGUCACACCUCACUCAGCAUAAGAGAACCCAUUCUGGAGAGAAACCCCAUGACUGUGCUGAGUGCGGCAAAGCCUUCAGCGCACGAUUGUCUCUCAUUCAACAUCAGAAAACUCACACAGGAGAAAAGCCCUAUGAGUGUAACGAAUGUGGAAAAUUCUUUAGCCUGAAGCGAACCCUUAUUGUUCAUCAGAGAAUCCACACUGGAGAGAAACCCUAUAGGUGUAAUGAAUGUGGAAAAUCCUUCAGUCAGCACUCACAAGUUAUUCAACAUAAGAGGGUUCACACUGGAGAGAAGCCUUAUAUCUGCAAUGAGUGUGGAAAAUCCUUCAGUGCUCGCCUGUCCCUCAUCCAGCAUCAGAGAAUUCACACUGGAGAGAAACCUUAUGGGUGUAAUGAGUGUGGGAAAACCUUCAGUCAAAAGGGACACCUUACUCAGCAUCAGCGAAUUCACACUGGAGAGAAGCCCUAUGAGUGUAAUGAGUGUGGAAAAGCUUUCAGCCAGAGUUUUAAUCUCAUUCACCAUCAAAGGACACACAAUGGCGAGAGGCCCUAUGAAUGUAAUGAGUGUGACAAAGCCUUCAGUGUUCUCUCCUCCCUUGUCCAGCAUCAGAGAGUGCACAACGGAGAGAAGCCCUACGAGUGCCACAGCUGUGGGAAGGCCUUUAGUCAGGGCUCACACCUAAUCCAGCACCAGAGGAGUCACACUGGAGAGAAGCCCUAUGAGUGUAGCGAGUGUGGGAAAACCUUUGGACAGAUAUCCACCCUAAUUAAGCAUGAGAGGACACACAAUGGGGAGAAGCCCUAUGAGUGCGGCGACUGUGGGAAAGCUUUCAGCCAGAGUGCACACCUCAUCCGCCAUCGAAGAAUUCACACUGGGGAGAGCCCUUACACGUGUAGUGACUGUGGGAAGGCCUUCAACGUCCGCUCCUCCCUCAUUCAGCAUCUCAGGGUUCACACCGGCGAGAAGCCUUAUGAAUGCAGUGAGUGUGGCAAGGCCUUCAGCCAGCAUUCACAGUUUAUUCAGCAUCAGAGGGUUCACACUGGAGAGAAACCCUACACGUGCAGUGAAUGUGAGAAAUCAUUCAGUGCACGCUUGUCCCUUAUCCAACACCAGAGAAUUCACACUGGAGAGAAGCCCUAUAAAUGCACUGAAUGUCAAAAAUCCUUCCGACAAAGCUCUCACCUCAUUCGACAUCAGAGAAUCCACAGUGGAGAGCGACCUUACAUGUGUAGUAGAUGUGGGAAAACUUACAACCAGAGAAUAUCUCUUAUUAGUCAUGAGAAAGUUCACAGACUCCACGGUGGAGAGCAAACCUGUCGGCGUGACGAGUGUGGGGAGCUCUUUGGCGCACAGGCAGCGUUCAUGCAGCACCGGAAGGUUCAUAGUGGAGAGUGACUCACUCUGUCUGAUACAUUCUUCACAGUUUUACAGCAGGAGAGUUCUACUGAUAAGAAAGCUCACUUUAUGACUUUCCUUUUGGAAAUUCAGCUCUUAAGGAAUUAAACUAUCUCCCAAUGUGCUGCUCACUGAAGGCAGGCUGCUGAUUUAUGUGGUAAAUGUUCCAAGGUAACAUGCCUUCCCUCAGACCCAGAGGAUGGCUCUCUGCUUGAGUGUUUUAAGUGAAUGCAACUUAAAUAUACUUUCCUAGAUCAUGUUUUUAUAGCACCAGACCUUAGUGUACAGUUAGGUGUUUCAUUUGGCCCCUGUCUUUCUUUUCUUUCCUCUUCAUCAUCUAUUUCAGCUUCAGGAAAAGUAACUGAGAUCCUUGAACUUUCGAGUGUGAUUGGGUUGGGGUUUUCUUAUUUGUUUGUUUGUAGGGCCUUUUCAAAAUGUUUUUGUUCUAUUUUGAGGGAUAUGAUACCUUUAACUUCAAAGGGGUUUUCCCUUUUCAGCAUCCGGUAAUCCACAGAGGUGAGAAGGCAUAUGAGUAUAAGUAGAGUUUGUUAAGGAAUGAGGUGAGGCUUGUGUGUAGAUUCAAACUGUUGAGAUGGUGCUAGGAAGUCAGGUGACUCAUGUAAACUGGGGUUUCCUACAGGGUAAUUUGAAAACAAAAAAACCCGUGAAUUGGAGGGGUGGAAUAGGCAUAAAGUAGACAUAGGCUCGCGUGGGACCUGGGACACAGCUUACAGAUUCUGUUGGUAUAUUCUAGAUCCACUUCUGAGGGAGAGAAGGUGAGUGGUUGGAGCUGUUCCCUUUCACUGGGUGGCCUCGCACCGAGCAGACUCUGGUGAGGAGGGCAGGUCCUCCUGCUGCCAGAGGACAGGAUUCCAGGUGAGGCAGGGACACGGCAUUAAGCACCUUUUCAUGGGUAGGUUAUCGUGCAGGCUGUUUGUCAGCCUUGGACCCCUGUCUGCAUGCUGUAAACAUGCUUUUGUCCCUCCUGGGAGCUGUAUUAGUCAGUGGUGUCUCAGUGCCCGUGGUCCUCCCACCUGAUGCUUGAGGUGAUGCUAAACAUCCUGGGAGCUGAUUUCCUGAGCACAGUCUUCAGAGUGGCUGCCCCUGGUUCAUCACGUGUGGUUCGCUGCAGUGUCCUCAGAACCCCAUUCUCCAGAAGUUUCUAUGGCACUUCCUUCUGUUUUUGUGGAGGAAAGAGUAGCAUCAAAGUGGGCUGAAAAAGGGUUAUAAAUAUGAGAGAUUCAGCAGAAGGAGUCUGUGAGAGACAGUUCUAGAAACAAAUCUGGCAAUUGAAAGUGGCUGUUGAGAGUCUGAUGAGAAGCUGGUACCGUGUGUGAACCCUUGAGAAGGGGCUAACAGGAUCUGGCACGGGCUGCAGUGGGACGGCGCUUUAUGAAUAAGGCAGGGUAAGAAUGGAGUGAAAGAGGAGCAGUGAAUUGCUUAAUAGCUGGACAUUCUAUUCCUUUAUAGUAUCCUUUUCAAUAACAAGUUUAUUCCUAUUUUCCUGCUUUAUUAAAGAAACUUUCUCUUAGAAGUU